CGGAGCGCACCGCGGCGGCUGUGCCCAGAGAGGAGCGCAGCUCUCCGCCCCGCCCCUCCCCCUCGGCCUCGCGGCGGCGGCGGCGGCGGCGGCGGCGGUGGCGGCUUGGACGACUCUGAGAGCCGAGUGAAGAUACUUGCACGGGGACACCUGACCAUGUACCUGCCCUGAGCGGCAAAGCCCAGCAGGCGUCUCUGUCGUGGGCGGCACGGCCCGGUGCUUGUCUGGGGACCCCCCCACAGUUGGCAGGCUCCCCCAGCAGCGGGGUCUGGGCCUCGGCCCCACCAUGUCGAGCCUCGGCAGUGGCCCCCAGGACACCGGCGGCAGUAGCAGUAGCAGCAGCAACGCCAACGGCAGCAGUGGCAGCGGCCCGAAGGCGGGCGUGGCAGACAAGGGUGCGGCGGUGGCGGCGGCCGCCACCCCGGCCUCGGUGGCAGAUGAUGCGCCACCCCCCGAGCGUCGGAACAAGAGCGGCAUCAUCAGCGAACCCCUCAACAAGAGCCUGCGCCGCUCCCGCCCUCUCUCCCACUACUCUUCCUUCGGGGGCAGUGGCGGCAGUGGCGGUGGCAGCGUGCUGGGCGGGGAGUCUGCCGAGAAGGCGGCGGCGGCUGCAGCCGCUGCCUCCCUGUUGGCCAACGGGCACGACCUGGCGGCGGCCAUGGCCGUGGACAAAAGCAACCCUACCUCAAAGCACAAAAGUGGUGCUGUGGCCAGCCUGCUGAGCAAGGCAGAGCGGGCCACGGAGCUGGCCGCCGAGGGACAGCUGACACUGCAGCAGUUCGCGCAGUCCACGGAGAUGCUCAAGCGCGUGGUGCAGGAGCACCUGCCGCUGAUGAGCGAGGCGGGCGCCGGCCUGCCCGACAUGGAGGCCGUGGCGGGCGCCGAGGCCCUCAAUGGCCAGUCCGACUUCCCCUACCUGGGCGCCUUCCCCAUCAACCCAGGCCUCUUCAUCAUGACCCCGGCGGGCGUGUUCCUGGCCGAGAGCGCGCUGCACAUGGCCGGCCUGGCCGAGUACCCCAUGCAGGGCGAGCUGGCCUCGGCCAUCAGCUCGGGCAAGAAGAAGCGGAAACGCUGCGGCAUGUGUGCGCCCUGCCGGCGGCGCAUCAACUGCGAGCAGUGCAGCAGUUGUAGGAACCGAAAGACUGGCCAUCAGAUUUGCAAAUUCAGAAAAUGUGAGGAACUCAAAAAGAAGCCUUCCGCUGCUCUGGAGAAGGUGAUGCUUCCGACGGGAGCCGCCUUCCGGUGGUUUCAGUGACGGCGGCGGGAACCCAAAGCUGCCCUCUCCGUGCAAUGUCACUGCUCGUGUGGCCUCCGGCAAGGGAUUCGGGCGAAGACAAAACGGAUGCACCCGUCUUUAGAACCAAAAAUAUUCUCUCACAGAUUUCAUUCCUGUUUUUAUAUAUAUAUUUUUUGUUGUCGUUUUAACAUCUCCACGUCCCUAGUAUAAAAAGAAAAAGAAAAGAGAAAAAAAAAAUGUAACUGCUUUUUCGGAAGAACCACCACAACAGCAACAACAAAAAAAAAGAGGUAACGACGAAUCUAUAAAGUACUGAGACUUCCUGGGCAAAGAAUGGACAAUCAGUUUCCUCCCCGUGUCGCUGUCGAUGUUGUCUGUGCAGGAGAUGCAGUUUUUGUGUAGAGAAUGUACAUUUUCUGUAACCUUUUGAAAUCUAGUUACUAAUAAGCACUACUGUAAUUUAGCACAGUUUAACUCCACCCUCAUUUAAACUUCCUUUGAUUCUGACCAUGAAAUAGUGCAUAGUUUGCCUGGAGAAGCCACUCACGUUUAUAAGGAGAAUGUUGAUGGCGCCGCGUCGAAGCCCCUCUGUGUCUGUCCCCGCGUGCGGAGCUGCCACGAGGGGCUCACAGCGCGGGAGGGAGCAGCCCGCCCAGCCCCCCAGCCCCCCCACCCCACCCCCGGCCCAGACCCGGGCCCAGGCCAGCUGUGCUGCACCCACGGUCCCCAGGAUGGGGUCUCCCGCCCCAGCAGGGAAGAUUUUGCAAACACGAAAGUCCUGUUCCUUUAUCCACUGAGAUCUGGGGGGCCCGUGUCUCUCGUUCUGAUCCUGGCUACUUCCCUUAGAGAAUACAAGCCCCUUUUUUUCUGGCCUUGCUGAUGGCGACAGAAGAAAGGGCUUCUUUUUUGCGUGGUCCCCUGCUGGUGGGCGUGGGUGCCCAGGGGGCCCCGGUGGCCUGGGCCCCCCUUCCUUGCCCAUGGCCAGCUUCCUGCUGAUGAACAUGCUGUUUGUAUUGUUUUAGGAAAACCAGGCUGUUUUGUGAAUAAAACGAAUGCAUGUUUGUGUCACGAA